CGAAAGGAGGCCAGACAGGCAGAGCGCAGGGCUUGCAAAGUGCUUCCCUCGCACUUCAUCGCAACCAUUGAGCUUUAGGAUUAUGGCUUCCGAGGAGCUGUAUGAGAGCAAUCUAUUUUGAACCUGUUAUUCUGGGGACACUAUGGAUCCACAUAUAUUUUGGUAAAUGACUUUGUCCACUUUACAAUGGAGCUGGUGGCCACAAGGUCUAUAUGGAACACUGUAGUAGUUUGGUAUGUGUGCAAAGUACCAAAAGGAGUGACAAUUAUGAGAAACUAAUGAAAGAUGUGAAGAGAUUAUUUAAGGUAGAGAGAAUUGUGGCCAAGAGGAAAAAUAAAAAGGGGCGAACAGAGUACUUGGUCCGAUGGAAAGGUUAUGACAGUGAUGAUGACACAUGGGAACCAGAACAUCAUCUGGUGAAUUGUGAGGAGUAUAUUCUGGAGUUUAACAGGCAGCACAGUGAUAAGCAAAAAGAUGGACCUUUUUCCAGAGCAAACAAACAUUCUUUAAACAAUGCUCGCAAACAAAUUUCCAGGUCGACCAACAGUUCUCUGUCAAAGUCUUCUCCCAGAUCACCAGGAAUUGGUAAAGACACUGACUCAAAAAACUCCAGCCAGUUUUUGUCAAGUCACCAGAAAUUCCGAAAAACCAGCUCUCAAACUCUAUCCAGUAGGAAGACAAUGGACCUUACUAAAUCAGGCAUCAAAAUCCUGGUUCCCAGAAGCCCUCUAAAGAAUAGGAUAGUGGUUGAUGGCUUUCAGGAUAAUUCAUCAGAUAGAUUUGAUCAAAUGGCACAGAAUCCAGACUCUGUAGCACCAGACCUGGCUAUUGAAAAGCCAUUUGGGACUUUGCUUGUCCCUGGAACAGAGAGAGCGAGAAUGGGAACCAGGCCAAGAACGCAACCAUCAUCACCCCAGCUGCCACUUCCAGUCACAGGGGCCAUGGCUUCUGCAUUAUCAUUUAAUGGAAAAGGUACUCCUACUUUCUUGGACACUUUGGGGGCUAAUGGUACAACGACUAUUCAAAGUUCAGUAACAGGAGUUACGGGAAACAAAAGGAAAUUUAUUGAUGACAGACGGGACCAACCUUUUGAUAAGAGAUUAAGGUUCAGUGUGAGACAAACUGAAAGUGCCUACCGAUAUAGGGAUAUUGUUGUCAGGAAACAAGAUGGGUUUACACACAUUUUACUUUCUACUAAAUCAUCAGAAAAUAAUUCCCUAAAUCCAGAGGUUAUGAAGGAAAUGCAGAGUGCUCUGAAUACUGCAGCAGCUGAUGAUAGUAAAUUGGUUUUGCUAAGUGCCGUAGGAAGUGUCUUUUGUUGUGGUCUUGAUUUUAUUUAUUUCAUUCGACGACUAACAGAUGAUCGAAAAAGAGAAAGUAUUAAAAUGACAGAGUCUAUCAGGAGUUUUGUCAAUACUUUUAUUCAGUUUAAGAAACCAAUCAUAGUAGCUGUGAAUGGUCCUGCAAUUGGUCUUGGAGCUUCCAUUUUACCCCUUUGUGAUGUGGUGUGGGCCAAUGAGAAAGCAUGGUUUCAGACUCCUUAUACUACAUUUGGACAGACUCCAGAUGGGUGCUCAUCUCUGACAUUUCCCAAAAUAAUGGGUUUAGCAUCAGCGAAUGAAAUGCUAUUCAGUGGACGAAAGUUGACUGCACAGGAAGCAUGUGCUAAAGGAUUGGUAUCACAGGUUUUCUGGCCCGGAACAUUCAGUCAGGAAGUUAUGGUCCGCAUUAAGGAACUAGUCACAUGUAAUUCCCUUGUACUUGAAGAAUCCAAAGCUCUUGUUCGAAAUGCCAUGAAGGGUGAUUUGGAACAGACCAAUGAAAAUGAAUCUGAUGUUCUAAGGAAAAUUUGGAGCUCUUCUCAGGGGAUGGACUCUAUGCUGAAGUACCUACAGAAGAAAAUUGAUGAGUUCUGAAAAUGCUUUUGUCAUUGGAAAAUUCUUUCCUGCUGGGUUGCCUGUUGGCUUCAGAAUGCCCUCGCAAGGCACAAGAGAAACCAUCAAAAGACACGUUCUUGAGUGGCAUCUGCUCAGAAGCAAGAUGGUGGAAGCUGAAGAUGUGCAUUAGUCAAAAUCUCAACAGGAGAGAAAGCUGUGAGAGGUUAAUGAUUGGUGUGCACUACCAAACUUUGCAAUUGUCUUUGCUUAUCCAGUAGCUUUUGUCCUUUACAGUUACUGCACUCUAUUGCGCUUUCCAGAUCCAAAUGCAUUGUAUGGUGUGUUUGUGACAGGAAAGUUUGAAAAACACUCAGCUUCAAAAAUGGGAGGAAAGAAAACGGGUACUAACUAGCCCCCUUCUCACUGCCAGAGAGUAAUGAGGCUGGUUUAAAUUAAAAUAUACAUACUCUCUAAAAUCCUUAAAAAGAAAGGUCAUACGUAUAUUGCUUUGGGGAAGAGGAUUACAAUUACCUCAACAACAAAAAAGAACAAAAAAAAAGAAGUGAUUUCUGACAGUGGAUCCAAUCUCUAACAUAAAUCCUUAAGACUAUACAUAUCCCUUCAAAGAGUCUGUGUGUACAUGUUAAAUGUGCUCAGGAGAUGUGUAUUAAACGUUUGACCCAGUUCCAGAAUUUAUUAGUAUAUUAUCCAAUAAGCAUGAAGAAACCACUGGCUCCUUAAGAAAAGCUCGCCUUGCAGUAUUAGUGAUUCUUUGUGAAUCUUAUAUAAGGAAACAACAUAAGUUAAAGAUUAGUUUUAGUGUUUUAUAAAGUGUGGGUUUUUCCAUUUUUUUUAAUCAAAUACCAUAUACUUCUGUUUCUGGGUGAAUAUAAAUUAUAGAAAGAGCUUGUGUUUCUUUGCCAGUUACAAUGUAUUACACCAAAAAUGCUUUAUGAAUUCAUAACUAUGGUUUUAGUACCACUUUAGAAACAUUUUCUUAAUUUAAUAAGUUUUUUUAAGAAAUUCCUUUUGGCACACUAUUCAAAAAAAAUUCAAAAAAAUCCUAAAAGUAGGUAAUUCUUGUAUCUUUUUGUUUAAAUGUUACACUAUGACAUGUUCUUAAUGGUGCCCCAGAUAAGUAGUAUUGUGCAUUCCUUUUAGGAGUGGUAAUUAAUUCCUGUUUGCAGAUAUCUCACUGGAUAUGGUUAUCUGCACUUGCAAUCUUCUCUGAAUGUAUUAAUGGAAAUUAAAUCUUAUUUUUGUACAGUUUAUUUGUUUGUACUUAGAAAUGAUCACCUCCCUUCCUAGUGGAGAGCUGUACAUUGUGUAAAUCUGCCUUUACUUUGGAUUGGUACAGUAUUUUUGCAUCUGUGGGACCUACUUUUUGUUCAGUAGUUUAAACUAUAUUAUAAACUGUACAAUCUGUAAAGUUUUAUAGGUUAUUAAUUAAAAUGAGCUGUGAAAAGAUCUGGAUAAAAUAAACUAAUAUUUCAUAUGCAAAGCACACCAAAUUGUAAAGCUUAUUGAACCAGUUCUGGCCCUAUAUUCACAGCGUACAUGUGCAUUAUAGUUGUGAGAACUGGCCUAGAAACAGUCAUGAGUAAAGCCAGUAAAUUGACAGAGAGCAGGAACAGAAAGGUUCAUGUUUUACAUAUUCUGUAACAGCCGAGCUUUAAGGAAAAUAAUCUACACACUAAUUUCAGCAAAUAUGUGCCAGUCAGGACACAUGGACACAGUGAGGGGAUAUUAGCUUUUUAUCUUAAUUAUGCAACACCUUACUGAGAUAUAAUGUCUUGAUUUUAUUAAUGAUUUCAAUUUAAAAUUGUUUGGUGAACAAAAUGCAUAGAAAUAAAUAAUCCAUAAGAUUUAAUUAAAUUCUGAAAUUUAAGCCUUUUGAAUUUUGAUUAUAGUAGUUAAUGUCAUUGAGUGAGUGCUGUGCAGGAGCAAUGGCAUUUUUGUAUGUCAGCUUAUUAUAUUUCAGAUGAGAUGCUGUGAACUAAGUUGCAUCUUAACAUUACGAAUCAAAGUCUGAUAUUUGACCAAAUUAUUUGUAUAGAUAUGCUAAAUGGACUCAAGUUUCAAAUGUAUUUUGGUACUGGGGUUUUAUUUUUUUAUUUCUGUAUGACAACUUAUGACAAGCAAGCUAUUCUCAAUGAAAACAGAAUUGCAAUCCAGGCACUGUAACUUAAGGCUGGAGAAGUAUUAAUUAACUGAAUACUCAUCCUAUUACCCAAACCCAUACGAAUUACGGCAUCUAAAACCAACUGAUACUUAAAAGUAGUGUUGUUUUUCAAAUGAGGUGCUGCCUUAGGAAUAAGAUGUUACUGUCAACAAGCCAGCAUGCUGUUCAAGUGAAUGGCAAGAUCCAGGUUAUUUACUACCAUCACCAAAACAGAAUAACUGCUUAGUUAUUUCUUGUUGGUGUGACUUUGAAACACAAAUUGGCAAUCAGAUACACUCACUUAGCAACUUAGCAAUGACAGUUGAUUCCAGUUAAUUGGGCCACCGGGUAAUCUAGGCAGCUGCUUAUUUGGAACAAUUCUGUAAAAACAAAACUAUUUGAGAAAGUAACCGUGAUUCCCUUAAUUUAUCUGGGGCAUUGUGCUACUUAAUUUGGACAGGAGACUGUUGCUGAACAGUUCCUAACUAGAGUCCGUUGUGUGCACUUGUGUGGCUGUUAGACGCUACAUCGCACUUUGAGCAAACAGUUUUUAAAUAGCAUCAGUUGCAUGUGCUUGUGUUAUGUCAUCCAUUUGAUACUUUUGUUUAUUAUUUUUCCUUUGAAAAUGUUCAGACACUUAUCAAGAUGCCAUGACAUCUACUGUAUCUACACUAGGUAUCUGUGCUGAUCUUGUUCAAUUACAGUCAAUCAAAAGAACAUGGCAGCAUACAUUGGGUGUAGGACAGAUAGCCAAAACAGUCCAACACCACUGGCACCAGCCUACCCACCAUCAAGGAUGCGUAUACACAUCCGUUAGUCUUGCAAGACCAUAGAUCUGCGCCUGGAAAGUCUUCACUCUCCAGGGCACAGGCCUGGGCAAGGUUGUAUGGAAGACCAGCAGUUGCCCAUGCUGCAAGUCUCCCCUCUCCACACCACUGAUGUUGUCCAAGGGAAGGGCAUUAGGAUCCAUACAGCUUGGCACCAGUGUCGUCGCAGAGCAAUGUGUGGUUAAGUGCCUUGCUCAAGAACACAACACAUGUUGCCUCAGCUGGGGCUCGAACUCACUACCUUCAGGUCGCUAGUCCACUGCCUUAACCACUUGGCCACGUGCCCACACAAAGGUGCAGGAAAAGAGCCAGUAACAUCAUGGAUUGUCCCAUCCUCAUUAGGGAGGAGGAGGCUAUGUAGCAUCCACACCAGGAGUAUUGGGCUCAAAAGCAGAUAUUUGCCUGAGACAGUAAGGCUGAUCAAGACCUCCAACCAUAAAUCCAUCUCCCCACCAACACCAAUGGUUUAUCAUUUCCUUUCAGUCAUCUUAUGUACAGACAUUCCUGUGCCUAACAUCUCUGGGCACGCAAACAAUCUAUGUAUUAUAUUUAUUGUUUUUUUUUAAAUUAUUGCAUUCUUUAUCUUAUUGGGUUUUUUUUUGUGCUGCAUCAGAUCCAGAGUAACAAUUAUUUCAUUCUCCUUUACAUUUUUUGUGUACUGGAAAUGUCAUUAAACAAUCUUGAAUGACUUUCUCUGUAAAUAACUAUUAGGAAAAUGCAGUUUUAUAGUACUGUAGUAAUAUUAGUAAUGUUCAAGUUAGUUCUUCAUUUGAAUACAUCAUUUGUUGCUCAGUUAAAUUGUAGCUUGAUCUUUUUAACUAUUUCCAUGAAACUUUGAUUAAUUGGGGCAGCUGUUUAAUUGGGCCAAAAUAUACUGGUUCAGAUGUGUCCAAAUUAACCAGAAUCCACUGUAAUAGUGAAGCAUAAUAAAUAAAGACUUUGUUUAAAUGCAGUUUGUUCUUUAGAGGAGGAAUGAGACAAAAAGUACAUGAAAUGUGAGCAAAUCAUGAUGCUCUGAUGAUUGAGAAUGGUGAGAACAAGUUCAUGAAUAGGCGGUCUUUUCCUGCAUGUCAGCUUACUAUGACCCAUGUGAAAUUUGAUAAAUUAAAUGAGACAAUCAAUACUGUGUAAAAAUAAUCAUAGCCUAAUUUUAAAGAAUUUUAAAAUUAAGUUUAGGCAAAAUCAAACACAUUAGUUUUUCAUGGGACAGUGAUUGGAAUUGGAUGUCUGGAUUCAGGGAAGGAAAGGCAGAUGCCCUAGUUGUUUAGAAUAAAAUUAGAACAAAAAAUAGGUCAGCAAUAAUUGUAACCAUUUCAAACCUGUUGUUGGUCUAGUUUCUAGAAUUGUCUAGUUUCUAGUCCCAAAUUGUGCCUGUAGAUGAACUGCAGCUAAGUCUAACAAUGACUAAACCUCAGAAGUACUCAAUUAGUUGCCAAGCACUGGAGAUCCUAAUAAGGACAUGCAAGGGUGUUAUACUAAUAAGAGUCUUUUUCAUUUGUCAUUAUGCAAGCCAAGGUAUCUUAACAAUCCACCAAUUCUUGAUAAUUUGUAUAAUUUCCCGGUAUAGCCAAUUUGUGGUAGAUCAUUUGUUUAACAAUGCAGUGUGGUAAGAUAAAGAAAGACUGUCUGCCAUUCAUUUCAAUUUUGUCUAUUAGUUUCAUGCAUCUGUUAUUCUAUAGGUCGAUUACACUCCUGCUUCAAAGGAUACCAUAUUGUAUGGAAUGACUUCUUUGUCUAAAGCUGAAUAGAUCAAAAUAAGUAUAAAGCCUUGGCUACAGGUUGUUUACAUUAAAUGUGGAAUCUGAAUGUUGCUUUUGGUUCUGCCAAUAUCAGGAUACAACACUUAGAGUUGGUGCCAGCCUGUCCUCUGAUAACUUAAAUAAAUCAUAGUUUUCAAAAUCUGUUCCACUUUUUCUUCAUUAUCACAGUUUAAACAAAUCCCAAAAAUAACCUGUUGGUCCAACUGUGCAUUCCAUUUAUUAGAAAUUGUUUAAGAAGUUCUUACAGCAUAUUCCCAUUUCACACCAAGAGAACUGAACUUUUUCACCAGUAAUCUGCCAGCAGGUUUUCUCUCAAUUAUUUAUUUAGACUUC